AUGAUACCCUCAUCCUGGACCUCGAUCCUCUUGGCCGCCUGUGCUUUCUCCACCGCAUUCGCCUCACCAACCUCGCGCUUCCAACGGACAAAACGGUUAACGCCCAAGUACUUCACCGAGCCCGGCGGUAGUCUUGCGCUAAGCCACUAUGACCAGCGUUACUUCAAGGGCGAGAUCUCUUACGAAGAGCACCGCGAUGUGCUGCGGCAGUUGAUCCGCAGCUACCUGACGACACUCCACGAGCACGGCGUCGAGACUUGGCUGGCGCACGGAACGCUGCUGGGCUGGUGGUGGAACGGGCAGAUCAUGCCGUGGGACUACGACCUGGACGUGCAGGUGUCUAACAACACCAUGACGUGGCUGGGCGAGAACAUGAACCGCACCGAGCAUACGCACUCCUUCAACGACGUCUCUAAGACGUACCUGCUCGACGUCAACCCGCACCACGUCGACCUGACCCGCGGCGACGGCAUGAACAUCAUCGAUGCCCGCUGGAUCGACACCAGCAACGGCAUGUUCAUAGACAUCACCGCCGUGCGCGAGCGCGAUGCCGACAUGCCCGGCACCUGGAGCUGCAAGAACAAGCACCGCUACGGCAGCCAGGACCUGUGGCCCAUGCGCGUCACCGAGUUUGAGGGCGUCAAGGCCCGCAUCCCCUACAACUUUGAAGACAUUUUGCGCGGCGAGUACGGCGACAAGAGCUUGGUUGUGGAAGAAUUUCAGGGUCAUCGCUGGAACCGCGACAUUAAUGAAUGGGUCAAGAUGACCGACGACGAAAUGAAGCAGCGCAGGGAAGCCGCCGAGCAGCGCAAGAGAGAAGAGCUCGAGAAGAAGGGCCAAAAUUAA